GUCAGAGAGGAGGAGGAGGAUCAGAAACACCGAGCUCUCCAUCCCAUGUGCUUGGCAGAGAAAUAAAGGAUAAUGGGCUCGGAUCCUGUCAUGUGCUGCUAGAAUAAACCUGAAUAACGUCGCCUGGGUUUAAAGAAGGACCAUAAUAAUAAUCAAUUUGAUCUUUUCCUGAAAAUGCUUCCCUGCUCUUCAUCCGCGCAGAUGGAGGGAUGCGAGGAGCCGCACACACACACGGAGUGCACCAGACUGACGGAGGAGAGAGACGAGGCCGAGAGACAACUCAAACACAUCAAGAGAGUGUCUCAGAUGGUGAUUGAGGAGGUCAGCGUUCUGCAGACUCAGCUGGAGAUCGAGAAGUCGUGCCGGGAGAAUGCAGAGGCCCUGGCCACAAAGCUGAACUGUGAGAACAGGAAGUUUAAGUACCUGAGUUUGUCGUCUCGGACCAGUUUGGAGGAGCUCGCUCCCUCCAUCGAGGCCGACAGCGCAGACACCAGCCCCGACAACUUCACCCAGUACCAGCAGCAGAUUAAAGAACUGAGGGAGACGGUGAACACGUUGUUGGACGAGAAGAAGAAUUUCGUGUGUCAGGUUCAUGAACAGCAGAAACGGAUAGAAGAGCUGACUUCACAGUCAGAGAACGAUCAGGCGGAGAUGAAGGAGCUUCGUGAAACUGUCGACCAGCAGCGUAAAACCAUCAAGAGAUUCAACAGAGUCUCCAUGAUGGCGACUCAGGAGUACGACGGGAUGAAGGAGCAGCUCGACCUGGAGCAGAGUCUGAGAGGCAAAGCUGAGACGUACGCACACGAGAUGUUGGUGAAACAGAAGGAGGCGAACAGACAGAGUAUGCUCCUCCUCCAGAGUUCAGAGCCCAGUAUUCAGCUCCUCAAAGCUCUGGAGGACGUCGCUGCCGUCUCCAAAACUCUGGAGGAGGAGCGACUGCAGCAUCAGCAGAAGGUGGACGGUCUGGAGGCCCAGAUGGAGCAGAGCUGUGUGAAGAAGCAGCUGGAGGCUCUUCAGAUGCAGCUGGAGCUCCUGGACGAAGCUAAGAAGGAGGUGGAGGGACGACUGGAGGAAGAGGAGAAGAAGAACGAGGAGCUGGAGAACAGAGUGCACCAGCUCCAGCAGAAGGAGGUUGCCAUGACGACCGUCUCUCCUCCCCCCCCUCCUGACCCCGGGGUCGCCCCUCCUCCCGCCCCCCCGCCGCCGCCGCCUCCCCCCCCACCUCCUCCCCCUCCUCCCCCGCCGCCACCCCCACCCUCCAGAUGCAACCCCCUCAGCUCUCUGAUCGCCAUCAUGAGGAAAUCAUCCAAAGGCUCCAAAACCUCCGUGAAGACAGAGCAGCCUGCAGAAGGCGAGGGUGACGACGUGAAGGCGAAGGCGGUGAACGAGAUGAUGGAGAGGAUCAAACAUGGCGUUGUGCUGCGGUCCGUCAAGAGUCAGGAGAGCAAGAGAGUAGCAGUAAAACCGCCUCAAAUCAGUGAGGAGAAACCUGAGAAACCAGAGAAACCAGAGAAACCGGACAAACCUGAGAAACCUAUGAAACCUCAGGAGAGCGCCAUGGAGGAGCUGAAGGGCAUCCUGGAGACGGUGAAGCGGAGCCCCAGUCGAGGCUCCCAGGAUUCGGGUUCGUCCGUUCCGUCGGGGCCGUCUUUACCUUCAGGGAAGAAGGACAGCGAGCUGGAGGUGAUCCUGAGGCGCAGACGCAACAAGGCAGGGGAGGCUGGCUCCGCAGAUGAGCGUGAGGGUCAGAUGAGCCACGUCUCCUCUCUGGACAGUCUGAACGGGAGGCGAACCAGCAGCGAAUCGGGGAAAGAUCCAGAGGUUUCGGGGGGUCUGAGCAUCCCCUCGGACUCUGCCGGUCCCCGGGUCAGUCCGGAGAGACGGGGGUCCGGACCGGGACCUGCCGUGGUGGCCCGGAGGAAAAGUUCCGAGACCAAAGAGCCCAGAGCCGGGUCCUGGCAGGAGAGGAGGUCCUGCAGCUCGCUGUCUGAAGCUCAAGAGAGUUCCACCAGCAACGGCUGCUCCAACAGUGCGGACGAGGAAGAUCAAACUGCGCCUGAGAAAUGUGUCGAGACGAACGGAGUCGAUCACGCUGAACCCGGACAGGAAGAAGUCCUGAAGGACAACGGCAGCUCCGAGUGUUAGGCUGGACUCUGAGAAUCCCGGGCUUGUUUCUGUUACCUGAUCCAUCACUGGCUCUGAUUGGCUGACGUGAGAACGACGUCAUCGAUAUCCACUCUCUGAUCAGAAGGGUUUAAAGUGCGGUCGCUCGUUUGCCUUUUUUGUUUAUCGCCGUCAGAACAAGAGGGGGAAACUUUGUCGUACUUUUUUUGUAUUUGUGUUUUUUUCAGAAGUAUACUUAUAAUACCAGGUUACUCUGUUAACGAACAUGUAGCUAAUUUAUUGAACACGUUUGAGCUUUUUCUAAAUCUAUUUCCUGAAGCUUUAUGUUGAAAAAGCUGAUUAUUAAACGCAGAUAAACUGUUCAGAACAUGCUUGUUGUGAACGCAGCCUCACAUUUCUAGCCAUUGUAGAAGCCCUACCUCCUUAAAAACAACACACCUGUCACUCGUCAGCAGUUUAGAGAUGAAUUGAAUAAAGUGUGGGUCAGUGCAGGUACUGUAACAAUGAUAGGAACGUUUUUGAGAGAUACAAUAGUCCUUAACCUCGUAGAAACACAGAAGAGUGCCUGCAAAAACUUGUGUCCAUCAAAACGUCAUGCUAUUUUUAGAGUAAAUAAAUGAUAGAAGACGCUACGCUAACUUUUCAAACAGACAAAUAGUUGCAGUCGCAGUGAUUGCAUUAACUAGAAAACAUAAUCCGCUGUUUGUUUUCUUGAUCACUUCAUUGUGCAAGUGACCCCUUGAGGACAUCUGGGCUUACAAGGCUUUACUCUCAGCCCAUCAACAUGCAUUAAAAGUUCCUCUCUAAAAGGCACUGUUUACCAUCUUAAAAAACGUCUGUGAGCCUUAAAGUGAUUGCGAUUACACCGUGGCUGGGGAAAUUAGUGUGGAGAUAAUAAAACGAUAUGUAUAACACACUUAUCUCGCUGGCCUUAACCGUUAUGAGCAUAAAAACCUUCAUGAAUUUCUAGUAGAAAACCUUAAUUUUCACCACCAUCACCGACUGCUUACCCCCGUGUCUCAGAGUAGCUGAUUGGCCCCCCCCCCCCCAUUUGAAACAUGUCUAUGGAUGCCUAAGUCCAUGAGUGGGAAAUAUAAUCUACGUACUCGUCCAGUAUUGGAUCUUCUAAAGUUUCACCAUCCCGGAAUAAAACAAUAACUCUAUCUGGUUAUUGGGUUAUUUUUCAAUAUUUGGCAGAUGGGACCAAAAAGGGAACAUUGACUCUGUAAACACGACUCUUAAAGUAUGUGGGUCACACUGCAGCUUUUCUAAGUCAAAUACUUGGAUAAAUGGUAGUUUGAAACUCUUUUGCCUUUUUCCAUUGAAUUAUCCAAUAUUCACCGACUGCUUACCCCCGUGUCUCAGAGUAGCUGAUUGGUGGCCAAGGAAAGAGAUCUUAUUUUAUUUUAGGUGGAAAAUAUGGUCAACAAUAAGGAAUAAAAGGUUCAUUAUAGAGAUUGCAUGUCUUAAGAAAACGUACGGAAACAUGCACAAAAAUAAAGAAUACAUCUCAAAUGUUUAAUGCGGACAUUUUGGGAUUCUUGUUUGACAAAAACGUUUCUGAAAAAAGCAAUUCCAUUCUUUGUGUUGAUUUUCAUAUCCUUAUACCUUAAGUAGCCUCAAAUCCAUUCAAAUAUAACAAUGGCUCUUUAAUUGAGCUUGCAUGGGAUCUGUAAUCCAAUUAGCUAAAGUGUUAAAUCAUUAAACCUUUUGACAGCUCAAUAAAACUGCAUGUAUAAAAGGUUUACCCAUAAUAAUAAUGAGCAAACAUUACCUAGUAUCGGCGAGGGGCUUUCUACAAUGGCUGCUGUCAGGAAGAUAUUACUCCAGCAUUUAUGGGUUAUUUUCUUUCGAAGGUUUCUGGAAACAAACCUGUGGAUCCUGCAGAACUGUACGAGGGAAGCUGCACCUUUUUUUGCACAGGAACUCUUCAACUUGUACAAUGACUGCAAACUGCAAAGCUUUUUGUUUUUUUAUAAUCGAUGCAGAAAUGAUCUGUUCAAUAUCACUUUGUGUCAUCAGAAGGAAUGCACUGUACGGUUUAGAUCCAGCUCUACAACCUCGUCUUUGACUUCCUCCCAUGUGUGAGCGGGCUGCACAAACUGAUUCACGGGAGAUCAGGUUGCUUUUAGAUUCAUUGGUGGAAAUAGGAACGAGUCCUAAAACCAGGAAGUGAGUCAGCAUUUCACCACUUCCUGUUCCCUCGUCUCAGAGCCAAUGGGAUCUCUCCAUAAGAUCUAGGAAAAUAGCUGGAAAUAAGGUCUGUGGUUGAGACACAUUGAAGAGACGGAUCACGUUUUGUUCUACGACAUUAAAUCCAUCAGCAGUGACCCCACUGGUGAUUUCUGAAGACUUCACGUGUCUGAGAAACGAUGGUUGUUACCAAGUGGCUGAAUAGGACUACAGAAGUUGUGGAGGACGUUGUACGUCAUUACGCCGAACACGUAAACACUCCUCUAAGUUAGUUUCUGUUCUGCUUGAAAGCAAGUCCCUGCCUCCUGCAGACUGUUCAAACAAACGCUUCAACUCGUUCCAUUUAUAAUCUGUAUGUUUGAAUAUGGAUCUUAAGUUGGCGUGACGUUGAAGUCGUGCUGCUGGACUCGGCUCUAGUUCCUUUAUAGCAUAACGUUAGCAUGUUGCUUCUGGCAGUAGGGUAGACGUGGAUAUUAUCCGGCUGAACAAAACGUGCAUUCAUCAAACAGCUUCGUUUUCCACAGAUCUUAUUUUCCAAAAUCCUGUGGAGAAAUCCUGUUGCUUUUUUGUCGAGGGAACCAGCAGCGUACUUCGGGUCGGCCUACAAAAAUACUUCAUCACUGCACCGCUCUAUAUUGGAUACAUUUACUUAAAGGACGCUUUCCUUCAACCACUGAGGCAGUAACUCUUGUCUAGGGUUAGGACAAACACGACCAAAUUCAACAAUUCAAUAAAAACGUAUAUAUUCCUUAAUUACUUUAAAGCAUUCAUGGUUUCCACCUUAAGAUUUAGAUAAAGAAUCAGUGUCCAAAAUGUGCAAAGAUACCUAAAGACAUGACUUCCAUUGGAUCUCUUUGGGGCAGUUAAUAGAUGAGUUUUAAGAGUCAGUUUCAAUAUUUAAAAAAGUAAAUACAGUUCCUUUGACACCUAAUUGAUGAUGCAUUUUGAUCGGGAACUUUAUUUUUAACUGCAGAUUCUAACCUCAAUGCAAUCGAUAACUAUGUAAAUAUCAAUGAGUAAUCCUAACCCUAACCCUCAUUAUUAAUAUUAAUAGAUUGAGUGACAUUAACAUUGAUUAUAAGUUCCACGUAACUUGACUUCCUGAGCAAACUGCAUCCACUGAUGGAGUCCAAAAGUUGUGCCGACUUUGUUCAAGAACUGUUCAAGUCUUAAAGCUCUUGAGAUGUCUUGAGUCUUCAUUGUGCAGCCCUGACUGUAGUAUCAAGGUUUUUAGAGUAUCAUGAAGUUCCUCUGCUUAGUCCAACUCUUGCUGAGCCUAAACGCAGGGAGGCUGAGUGAAAAACCCAGGAACAACAUACUAUAAAAACUGUGCAGGAAGAACUGUAGGAAAGCACUUUCUUUCCACUCUCGCUGCUGAUGCUCCGUCCAGGUUUCAGCGUGACGACUAUCAGGCUUUUUGAGGCGCGAAUCAGACAGAUGUGGAGAAUAAAUGUGGGUAAUAUUUCAGGUUUAGAGGAACAACAGCAAUGACAGUAGCACAGCGCUAUCAGAUCACAGAAGUGUUCACAGGGUUUCAACCAAAAACCAAUCUGCAGCAGGCAGCAAAGCGUUUGGGAGAAACGACCAGAAAGCCAUUUUUCUAUGAAUGAGCGAAGGAUAAGAGCUGCUUUGAAGGAACCAGGUGCUUGUUUUAUUUGUCUACCUCUCCACAAACACCUGCCUCCUUACCUGAAUUACAUGUUGUGGUGUGUAAUGUCCCUCCACCAGAAAUGAGAUGUCUUCCACACGCCUUCCUCCACUGUAUGCACACUCAUUGUUUCUGUGCUCGGUCACUCACCGUCACAUUUCACCAUGCGUUCCUUGACUUUUUUAUUUCGUAGGGCUGUACUGUCUAUAUAGAGCUUUCCUGACACGUGAUGCAACAUUAGGAACCAUUUUUGAAGAGUAUGCAAUUACAUAAGGCACAUUUGUAUGAUGCUUUCACACCUUGUCAUUCUUUCUUAAAACACAUUUAAAAGUGCAUUUUGUUCCGUCCAUUAGGUGUAUUUUUAUUCUAAUGCAAAGGACCAGGAUUGAAGGAGGCACAUUAUAAAACCCACAGGCCUGAAUCGGAUGCAUAUCGAGGCUUGGGUGGUGUUUUGGGUCCUAUUUAUUAACCAAGUGGCUACUUAACAAAGGGAUUCACUGUAUCUGACAGAGUUUGGGUGACUAUAGAUAUUGUGUGUGUUUGGGAUAUACAUGGAGUGGUGUUUUUUAAAACAUGAAUUUUGAUUUUAGCAUCACUUGAAAUAAAUUGAAACUAAAACCAG